AUGCAGAAAUCUCCGUCUAUGCUUUUUCUUGGAGCUACCGGUCGGAUUGGAAGCGCUCUCAUUAGAGGUAUCGAGUCGGCAUUACCCAAUAUUCGCAUCACAGCUCUUGUCCGAAGCGCGGGUGGUGUGGGCACCCUGAGCGAUCUUGGUAUCAACAUCGUCCAUGGUAAUCUCGACAACCUGGCUCAGAUUGUCGACUUGGUGUCGGUAGCCGAUAUCGUCGUCAAUGCGGCCCGAUCAGACUGUGUGGCUCUGUCGCAAGCAAUCAACAUUGGGCUCAUGAACAGGAGAACCAGCGCGAGAAAGCCAGUGUUGCUGCAUAUCAGCCAGGCGGCGCUCAACGUUCGGGCACAGGAAGCGCAGUCGCUCCAUCUCCAGACUGCUGCCUACGACGAUAUGGACCUCGCACGAUGGGUGGCAGAUUCAUCACUCGUCGACAACGAAAUCCUCCAACAGUCAACCAACUCGUCCUUUCUUGCGUUCAUCGUCGCUCCGACCUGGAUUCUUGGAGGGACUCGUCGGCAAAUCACUGGCAGAACCCACGCGAUAAGCAGGGUUAUUCGGUACGCACUCGUGCACCGACAGGUGCAGAUCGCAAAUGGGAUGACUGCAGGAAAUGCCGUUUUGCUCGAAGACGUCGUCAAAACGUGCAUCCAAAUUCUGCGCCUUGUGUUUUCCCGCAACUUCCGUGAGCCGAUUGACAAUGCUCAGCUCUUCUUCGUGCCCGGCUCCGAUUUCUAUUGGCACGAAGCGGGUGCAAUUGUCGCUCGGAAGUUAUAUCGACGUCAUCUCGUCGAGUCGGAAACCGUCUACCAUGUCUCAGAUCGACAUUCCCCAGAGUUGGCGGAUUUGUGCCGUACGGCAGACGUGGUCUCGCGCCGAUCUGCACUCUGGGGCCUCGAGCCGCCUCGGGCAUUCUCGGUCCUCGAGCAGAUUGAAAGAGACGUCGAGGAUAUUCUUUCGGGAUGGGAAUCUGCGUCAGGAUAG